GCUGCUCAAUCGUGACCGCUCACUCUCACUUUAACUCCGCUGUGAGGGGAAAAAAAAGAAAACCAAUCAUGCGCUGAGGUCCGUGCGUCAUCGGGACCCCGGCGGCGGCGGCGGCGCGUAACUGUUCCUCCGUCGUUGACUCAAACCACACCGGAGUAAAACGGCUAAAGCUCACCGAUCAGCCGAUCAGCGCGUUCACUGAGCGCCGUCAACCAAUCAAUCGGUCGCGACCGGAGCGCCUCAACCCGCAUGUGACCUCCGGAGUGACGCGUCUCUCCGUGGAGAGGGUGCGGAGGGAGAUGCGCAUAUCUGCAGGUCUCUAGCGCUGUCGUAAAACAAGUGUCGGGGAGCGAAUCGGCUGUCAUUUAAAGCGAUGCCAGGAGUAACCAAGUACAAUCUAGUGGAUGACGCGCACGAUUUGAGGAUCCCCAUGCACAACGAGGAGGUGUUCAAACAUGGGGUGUGCUUCGAGGCAAAGUACAUUGGCAGUUUGGAGGUGGGUCGCCCCGGCAGCCGGAUGGAGAUCGUCGCCGCGAUGAGGAGAAUCAGAUAUGAAUUCAAGCUGAAGAACAUAAAGAAAAAGAAGGUCAACAUCGUUGUGUCCACUGAUUUUGUCAAAGUGAUUCUGCGCAAAAAGAAGAAGAGAAAAGGGUGGUCAUGGGAUGAGAAUACCAUCUUGGUGACCCAGGAUCCCAUUUAUAGGAUCUUCUAUGUCUCACAUGAUGCUCAAGACUUGAAGAUUUUCAGCUACAUAGCAAGAGACGGACAGAGCAACAUUUUCCGCUGCAAUGUGUUCAAGUCAAAGAGGAAGUCUCAGGCCAUGAGGAUCGUGCGGACGGUGGGUCAGGCCUUUGAUGUGUGUCACCAGCUGACCCUGCAGCCGAAAAGCGAUGAGCAGGAGGACGAGGAGGGGAAGGCAGAGGAGCUGGAGGCAGUGCCAGCAAAGAAGAGGUUCGCAUUGUCAGAAGAGACAGACCUUGAAGCCACUACAGAGGAGAGCAUUGAAUGUGUGUCUUCGUCAGACCUGGAGAAGAGCAAAAAGGACGAGGCCCUCGGUAGCGAUGGGAAGGUGUCUGAUGACCCCUCUCUUCUGCUGGGCUCUCCCGUCCUCGGAGCCUCGGUGUCGGGUCAGACCGUAGCGGGGGCAUCCUGCUCUGCAGAGCAUCAGGUCCAGCUCCUCCAGAAGCAGCUGCAGCAGCAGGAACAGCAGGCUCUGGCAGCUUCGGCGCAGGUACAUGUGCUCCAGGAGCAGCUGUCGGUGGAGGCCUGCGCUCGGUCCGAGGCCCAGGCCCGAGUCCAGAGGCUGCUGCAGCAGAACACCGACCUGCUGCAACACAUUUCACUGCUAGUCAAACAGAUCCAGGAGCUUGAGCUCAAAGCUGCAGGCCAGUUAUCAUCAAUGGGUUCCCAGGACAGUCUUCUGGAGAUAACUUUCCGUGCCAAGCCCCCCAGCCUUACCCGUGAGCCCCCCACCCCUUCGUCGUCCACAGGCCCGUUAGCAGCUCCGUCCCAGCUGCAGAUUAGUGACAGUGCCUGGGUCUCUGCUGUACCAGGACCCUGCUCUCCAGGCACCACCGGCACCGACACCAUCCCUCUGGGGAUCAGCGGCAGCGGCGUUCGCCUGGAGUGUUUCCGAUUCUCAUCUCGAGGUCCUGACAGCCAGGAGCAGGGCCAGGACACCGGGGAGACUCCCAGCGACGGAGCCCCAGAUGAAAGCUCGCUGCUGGGAGAGCAGGUCCUGGGAGCCCUGGAGCUGCUGCGUUUCAGGGAAUCGGGAAUCGGAUCAGAGUACGAGUCAAACACAGAUGAGAGCGACGACCGGGACAGCUGGGGUCAGGGGGAGGGGGCUGGAGUCGACGGUGCCGCUCGGCUCCUGAAUGUUCUGAAUGCAGAGACCCUACCGGACUGCUUGAGUGAUGAGAUGGCUGUUUAGUGGUGCUCUGGAAGCUGUAUUAGGAAACUCUGCUCUUAUGCACCACCCCAAUGGGAAACAUGUGAAAUUAUGUGUUGUGACAGAAAACUGCAUCAUCUGCUGGAACAACGUACCUGUGUUACUCACUCAUCACUGUUGUGAAAAAAGUUUAAAAUUUUGCCUUUAAGUUUUGUCACUGUCUUUGCACUGAGACCAUAUCCCACAUGUAUGAGUGCUGUAACUCAUCACAUUAAAUAUCAGGAAUAGAAAUGAACAUAUAGUUACAUUUAUACAUUUUAAUCUUAAAUAUUAUAAUGACUUCGUUACAUCAUUAAUGACUACAUGAAAAAUGAUUACAUUAGCAAGCGAGUGUUCAUAUUAAAUAGUCAUUAAAGCCUACAGAACAGUAAUUAAGCAUAUUAUUUUCAUAUGAAGUUUUUUCUGCCAAACCCUUAAUGUCUCUAUCAAACCAUUUUAAACGUGACUAAGAGUCUAAAUCCCCAAGACCGUAUAUAAAAGAUGGACAUAACCUCUGCCUCUAAAAAAUGAACCAAAUGCAGGAGUGACUUAAAGCUGCAUUCUUUCUAACAACCAACAGGGGGUGACUCCACUGGUCGUAGUAAGAACUCCAUUUGUAUGGAAAUCGAUGAGAAAAUGACCCUACUUCUAACUUAACUUAUUAGCUAAGUAAACAUCAUCCUAAUGUGUUUAUGGUCUCAUUUGGUAGAUUCGAGUCUCCUUUAAUGCAACUUUAUGUUAAUGUAGCAAAUUGUGGAGCCAUUUAGAGUAAAAUACACAAUAAAUCAGGUAUGCUUUAGGAGGUGGCUACUUUGCCAGUGAUAAGUUAAUACUGUUAAGGUUGAGUGGUAUCAAAGAAAAUUUCUCACUGCAUUUCUUGAAAAAGCUUGCAAAUGCAAAUCGAUUUGCAAUGUAACUUUUUCAGGUCAAGCUUUUGUUCAGUAUUAACUGUGUUAUUUAAAAUGUGAUGGAAUAUUAGCAUAUAUGGCUUUUGCUGGUGAAGUGACCAUUAACGUGAACAUCCCAAAUAAGAGCCUUGGCAAUCUUUUAUUUGGAUUGUUUCAAAAGCAUGAUUAGGACUUGAAAUCAAUGAAUUGUCUUAAAAUUCUCAGCCCUUGUUUUAUCACAUCUGGUUUUAAAAGACCACAACCAAUGAAUAACAUCACAUCCAGUGGCCACGUCACCUCUUACAUAAAGUCAGUGCUCUAGCACAUAAUGUUCACCAUCUUAGUUUAGUGUGUUAUCAUGUUUACUAUCAGUGUUACACUCAGUGCACAGCUAGGGUUCAUUGGAUUGCCACUAGUUUUGCAGGUAUUUGAUAUUAACACCUUUCAAUUUUGACCAGAGACCAAAUUUAUCAGUCCAGUUACUUUGUUUUUUCUACACUACAAACACACACAGACCGUUACUUACUGUAAUCCAGAAAACUGAAACAUAUAUUUGGUUCUCAGCUUCAUUGGUACAGUGCAGCUUUAUCCAAACCCCUGUCAGACUGUAGAAACACUGUUCUCAUCUCUGCUGUCUCUUAGUGUGUGUUGCAUACUGUGUUGUGCGUUUGAUGAUUGUUGUACCUUACAUAUUGUUUGACUCCUUGACUCUGUGGGCCUCUACAUUGGCUUACUACACUGUGGUUGUGUCUGUGCUUAUGGAUUUGUGACACAUGAGCAGUCAUUUUUGCUGUUUUCUAGAAAGAAAUCCAUCUGCCGAGUCCAUGUGAGCGUGCUGACACAUUUUUUUUAAAUUGCGGGAAUUAAAACCUUGCUGCACUUGCUAUGACACUUAUCUGUAAUCUUUAAAAAUGAGCAUGAACCUCUCAUAGUAGGACUUUUCUCUUUUUUAAUACAUUGUGUACAGUUUGGAUUACAUUUGGUGCAUUGCAUGAUUUUAUUCAGGCUAUUCUUCAUCCUGUUUUGUAUUGUUGAAGAGCGUUUUCUCAUUAGAUGACUCUGUGUCUCAGAGGGGAGCAUAUCUCUGAGCAGGUGCUGCUACAGUCUUGUCUCUGCUGCUUAAAAAUGUAGCCACCACGUACUGUACGUAUUAUUUAUUAAUGCCGUAUUGCAGCAGUGAUAAACUGCUGUGUCACUGUUGCGCCACCAUUCAAAGGAAUUGUUUUGGAGAGUCCUGACGUAUGAAUUCAGGGAAAGAUGUGGAUUUUUGGACUUUUCCAUAUCCUCUUGGCCAGCUGUCACACAUGUGAGCCAACUCUUUAAAUCACCGAAUUGGAGACGUGAGUUUGAGCUCUUUCCAAAAUCGAUUAGUCUCUUCCUGGCCCUCUUUCCUCUCCCUUCACCUUCCUCCUCUCUGCUCCCUGAAGCUCGUCACCUCUUCCCCACUCUGUCAAUCUCUAGCAUUUCUCUCCAAGGUCAUGUCUGUUCACAAGAAGUGUGCUAAAAAUGAAAGUGCACUUACAUUGAUGUGUCUCCUUGUGGAAUUAAAUGCCCUUUCGCAAAUGCCA